AACCAAAUUCCAUGUGAAAAGCUAUAUUGUAAAAUGUUGAAGAAGACAUAAAAUGGAGGAGGGCACCUAACAUCUUUUUCUACUUUUUGCAAUUUCAGUAGCUGGAAGGACACAACAUUAUGUCCCUACUCCUAUUUAUUACUUGCUUACUUAAAAGCAAAAGCAAGAAAGUUAACCCAAAAAGCAACUAUUGCUAGCAAAGGUGUUUUAUUAUAAAUAAAAGCAAGAAACUCCCCCACCCGAAUUGGAACAAGAUGAGAAGGCAAGAAAAUAAUAAGUCUAUUGGCAUCUUAGAGGAUCACAUUAUCCCUCCUUGUAUAUGUCCAACCUGGAAACUAUACGAAAACCCUUUCUAUAAUUCACUAAAUAAUCCUCUUCCACAGCACAAGAUUCAUCGACUCAAUCUCCCGAUAUCUGCUAGGAAAAUUGCAUCAUCCUUUUGGGAUCUCACCUUUAUGGACUGUGAGGUUGCUGAAUUGAAGGCCAAGGUAGAAGAUGAGCGCAAGGCGCGUAAGAAGUUGGAGACCGUGAACAAGAAGAUUGCUAGAGAGCUGUGUGAAGAGAAAAAAGGGAGACAAGCGUUGGAGCGUGUAUGCAAACAACUUGCCAAUCAUAUCUCGUUGGAUAAAGCAGAGAUAGAUGGGUUGAGGAAAGACAUGGAAGAGGAGAGGAAAAUGGUGCGGGUGGCUGAGGUUAUGAGGGAGGAAAGAGUUCAAAUGAAGCUGACAGAGGCUAAAUAUUUAUUGGAAGACAAGUUGUUGGAACUGGAAAGGUUAAAAACAGAGCAAUCCAAGUCUUGUAAUUUUCACGAUGGAAGAAACCAUUCCAAAGAAGCUGAAAAUCCACACAUCAAACGAGGGAUCAAAGGAUUUGUGGAAUUCCCAAAGGUUGUGAGAGCUAUUAGUUCCAAAAGCAGACAUUGGAGCACAAAGUUGGAGUGCCAAAAGGCUCGAUUAUUACUCAAACAAAAGUCUCCUCCUAUCCCAUCCAAUGCUCUUCUAACAACCUCAUAAUAACAUACUACUAUUACUCGAUCCAAAAUUUUCUUCUUCCUUCUGUUACGCCUACAGAAUCUAUUUUCUAUUCGUCAGUUUUUUUGUGUAUAAUUCUCUGUAACUUUAUCAUCUUACCACUUGGAAAUUGUAUGAUUAUCGUUACAACUCAUACAUACAUACAUACUGCAAUGAUAGAGCAUAGGACAGACACCUAAUCAUUCCA